AGAGCAAAGAGGAAGCACCAUCCUGUCCUGUCAGUGUGUUUAAUGACAUCUGAGCAGCAGGAGGGGCGGGGAGGUUAAAGCCUUAGACACUUUACUCCAGCGAGAUCAGCCUUCAACUGUCUGUCCGGACAUCAUCUCAUCUCAUCUCAUCUCAGCUGUCGGGGGAAGUAUGGAGCUCGAAAACUUUAGAAAUCUGAGGGAGAGGUGCACCUUGAGGCGGGACAUCAUCAGAGAGUUUCUGGCGGAAUUACUAGGGACAUUCGUACUAAUACUCUUCGGAUGUGGUUCAGUGGCCCAGACUAUUCUUAGCAGAGAAAAACAAGGAGAAAAUCUUACCAUCCACUUUGGCUUUACUCUAGGGGUGAUGCUGGCUGUGUACAUGGCAGGAGGCGUGUCAGGUGGACAUGUGAACCCAGCUGUUUCUCUGGCUAUGGUUGUCUUGGGGAAACUCCCAUUAAAGAAAUUUCCUGUCUAUGUGGCAGCCCAAUUUCUAGGUGCCUUUGCAGGGUCUUGUGCUGUCUUCUGUCUGUACUAUGGUGCCUUCGCGAAUUUUGCUGAUGGAAAACUAAUUGUAGUUGGUGAAAACGCCACAGCAGGUGUCUUUGCCUCAUAUCCACGUGAAGAUCUCUCAUUGUUAAAUGGAUUCAUUGAUCAGGUGAUUGGCACAGGUGCCCUGGUCCUCUGUAUUUUAGCCAUUGUUGAUAAGAAGAAUAUUGGGGCACCUAAAGGAAUGGAGCCACUGGUUAUUGGUCUGAGCAUCCUGGCUAUCGGAGUGUCCAUGGCACUGAACUGUGGCUAUCCCAUCAACCCUGCCAGAGACUUGGGACCUCGGCUCUUCACUGCUAUGGCAGGAUGGGGACUAGAGGUGUUCAGUGCUGGAAAUGGCUGGUGGUGGGUUCCAGUGGUCGGGCCGAUGGUGGGCGGUGUGGCCGGGGCAGUGAUCUACUUCCUGAUGAUUGAGCUGCAUCACCCUGAGCUUGAGAAAAACCCUGAAGAUGACAACAGCAUCAAAGAUAAAUAUGAAUUGAACACCGUAAACUAGAAAGAGAUGGAAAGAAUGGUCUCUUUUCCUUCACCAUAGACCUCAAACAAUAAGCACUGGUAUUUCUACACAAUCUCCUGCUCUGUCUUUUCAUCUAGAUCUCUUUUCAGAGUCUUUUGCCAAGUCAGUUAAUGAAAAACCAAGCAGCUAUGAAAAACAGCAAGUGUUAACUCUAUAGUAAAGUUCCUUGACAAAUUUUAAGUUGGCUUGAAAAAGCCUAGCCAGAAAGUUUGCAAAAGUUUUAAUAGCUUGAAAUUUGAAGGUUUUUAG